CGGUGGGGCUGCGGCUGCUCCGCCCGAAACUUCGGAGGGGCGGCAGCAACAGGGGGAGGGGAGGGCGGAGGAGGAGGAGGACGAAGGAGAAGAAGGUGGCGGCGGCGGCCGUGGUGGUGGUGGUGGUGGUCGGGGCGGCGGCGGGGGGGAAGGUCAGCAGCGGCGCAGCCCUCCCCGCCGCUCCCUCAUGAGCCAGCCCGUGCUGGGCUGAGCAGGCCCCGCACACAAAGGAGGGCAGGGCAGGCAGCGCUGCACCCCCCCCCACCUCUCUUCCCCCCCUCGGGAGAAGGGGCAGCGGGGAGGCGCCCUUCCCCGUGCACAGCACUCACGGCCACUCACUGCUCCGUCCCCUUCCUCCUCUUCCUCCCCCCAGCCCCUCGGUUCUCCCCCCCCAGCCCCCCCCGUCCAUGUAGCCGCCCCGGCCGCCGGCCCCUCCGCACUAUGCCCAUCUUACUCUUCCUGAUAGACACGUCCGCCUCCAUGAACCAGCGCACCCACCUGGGCACCACCUAUCUGGACAUAGCCAAAGGCGCUGUAGAGACUUUCAUGAAGCUCCGAGCCCGGGACCCGGCCAGCAGGGGAGACAGGUACAUGCUGGUCACUUUCGAGGAGCCUCCCUACGCUAUCAAGGCUGGCUGGAAGGAAAACCAUGCAACGUUUAUGAAUGAACUGAAAAACCUUCAAGCUGAAGGACUUACGACUCUUGGCCAGUCCCUAAGGACAGCUUUUGAUUUAUUAAACUUAAAUAGAUUAGUAACUGGCAUAGACAACUAUGGGCAGGGAAGAAACCCAUUUUUUCUGGAGCCAGCAAUAAUUAUUACAGUUACUGAUGGAAGUAAAUUAACUACUACCAGUGGAAUACAGGAAGAGCUCCACUUACCUCUCAAUUCCCCUCUUCCUGGAAGUGAGUUGACUAAGGAACCCUUUCGAUGGGAUCAGAGGUUGUUUGCUUUAGUUCUUCGCUUGCCUGGUAUCAUGUCACCAGAAUCAGAGCAGAUGACAGGGGUACCAGUGGAUGACUCUGCAAUCACGCCAAUGUGUGAAGUCACAGGGGGUCGAUCAUACUGUGUAUGCUCUCCAAGAAUGCUGAAUCAGUGUCUUGAAUCAUUGGUGCAAAAAGUGCAAAGUGGAGUGGUAAUAAAUUUUGAAAAAGCUGGACCAGAUCCCUCACCAAUUGAUGAUGGACAGGUGGAUAUAGCUAGGCCCUUUGGACCCCAACCUUGGCACAGCUGUCACAAACUUAUUUAUGUCAGACCAAACCCUAAAACUGGGGUUCCUAUAGGUCAUUGGCCUGUUCCUGAAUCCUUUUGGCCAGAUCAAAAUUCUCCAACGCUGCCGCCCCGCACAUCUCAUCCUGUGGUGAAAUUCUCCUGCACUGACUGUGAACCAAUGGUCAUUGACAAACUGCCUUUUGAUAAAUACGAGUUAGAGCCUUCACCACUGACCCAGUUUAUCCUGGAACGAAAAUCUCCUCAGACCUGCUGGCAGGUAUAUGUGAGCAAUAGUGCAAAAUACAGUGAACUUGGUCAUCCUUUUGGUUACUUGAAAGCUAGUACAGCGCUGAAUUGUGUGAAUUUAUUUGUGAUGCCUUACAAUUAUCCAGUCCUCCUUCCACUGCUAGAUGACUUGUUUAAAGUGCACAAGGCAAAGCCAACGUUAAAAUGGCUGCAGUCAUUUGAAAGCUAUUUGAAGACAAUGCCUCCUUAUUAUCUUGGGCCUUUGAAGAAAGCUGUGAGAAUGAUGGGAGCACCAAACCUUAUAGCUGACAAUGUGGAAUAUGGACUUAGUUACAGUGUCAUUUCAUAUCUCAAAAAGUUGAGUCAGCAGGCCAAAAUAGAGUCCGAUAGAGUCAUUGGCUCUGUAGGCAAAAAGGUAGCGCAAGAGACUGGAAUUAAGGUCAGAAGCAGAUCACACAACCUGUCUAUGGCACAUAGGAACGAUUUUCAACAUCUGCUACAGGGGAUUACUGGGGAAAUUCCUCAUAGACCUCUAGACCUCAAUAUGAAGGAGUAUGCUGGGUUCCAAAUAGCUUUGCUGAAUAAGGAUUUGAAACCUCAGACUUUUAGAAAUGCUUAUGACAUACCUAGAAGAAAUCUUUUGGAUCAGUUAACACGAAUGAGAUCUAAUUUACUGAAGAGUACUCGGAAGUUCCUCAAAGGACAAGAUGAAGAUCAAGUUCACAGUGUACCGAUAGCACAAAUGGGAAACUACCAGGAGUAUCUAAAACAAAUACCCUCUCCGCUCCGAGAACUUGAUCCUGACCAACCACGAAGGCUCCAUACAUUUGGCAAUCCAUUCAAAUUGGACAAAAAGGGAAUGAUGAUAGAUGAAGCAGAUGAAUUUGUAUCAGGACCUCAAAAUAAACAUAAAAGACCUGGAGAACCAAAUAUGCAAGGGAUUCCAAAAAGACGUCGGUGUAUGUCACCCCUGCUCAGAGGUCGACCACAAACUCCUCCAGUUGUGAAUAACCACAUUGGAGGAAAAGGGCCACCAAUACCAACCACACAAGCACAGCCUGACCUUGUUAAACCCAUUCCUAUUCACAAAAUGUCAGAUACUGAUAAUGAGAUUGCAAUGGAUGAUAUGGUGGAGAAUCAUAUUACAGACCCACUUUCAUCGGAUGUUUUCCCAAAUACCAUGGAUUCAGAGUUCUCAAUGUCCUCUUCUCCAUUCAAUUCAUUGGAUCGACCUGCAGGUCAUACAGAGGAUGUAGGCCACGAACAUUUAGGGAAUAACUUGAAUGUUGAUGGAUUUUUGGAGAAUCAUGAGGAAAUGGAUAGUAAAGAACAAAGUACUGAAGAAAACUUGCCAAUGUCUUCACCCAGUAAAGGGAAAAAAGCAGUGCACUGCAGAAGUUCCAGAGAGAUUAAUAUAGAGCUAAGAGCACAAAUUAUGAAAGAAAUUCGAAAACCAGGAAGGAAAUAUGAAAGAAUCUUCUUUUUACUGAAACAUGUACAAGGAAGCUUACAAACACGUCUGAUAUUUUUGCAAAAUGUUAUUAAAGAAGCUUCAAGGUUUAAAAAACGAAUGUUGAUAGAACAGCUAGAGAGUUUUCUGGAAGAAAUCCAUCGCAGAUCCAAUCAGGUCAACCAUAUCAACAGCAGCUAAGGAACUGCAUACAAGAGAAAGCCACAGCAGGGCACUGCUGUCCUUACUUGCAUUCAUUUUUGACAUGCACUCUUAUCUCAAGUUCUGUAUCGGAAAGAAUGAGAAGCUGCUCUAUAAAAUGAUGAGAAAAGUAUCCAUCAUUUUUCUUCAUUUGUUAUUUUUGUAAUGUGAAAAAUAUCAUGAAAACAUUUUUAUUUAAAUGGAGAACUCCUUGCUUGUCAUGGACUUAAGUGUCACUUUCCCUCAGGUUCUAUUUUCUUAAUCCAACCUUCAAAACUAUCACCUCUUAAGGUUGAACUUUGCCAAAAAGUUGCUUUGUAAUUUUCAGAAAAAAAAAGCACAUACAUAAAACAAGGUAAUGUUUUGUAUAUACAGUUAUUUUGGAUAUAUUAUUGUAAGUUGUAUAAAUGUAUUUUGAAAAAUAUUUAAGAAAAGCACUUUUGUUAUUCCAUCAAUAAAAGCUCUAUUUUAAUCUUUG